AUGUCUCACAUGGCAUCUAAUGCCCUUCGACAGGCGUCUCGGGCGAGCUCCCGUCGCCUGUCCUCUGGGCUGCUGAGAGUCGCCUCGCCACUUCCUGGUCGGAUGGCGACGCGCCGCCAUUAUGUCUCCGAGUCGAAACCAGGCAACGCGCAGGUCAGCGUGGACACAGCUAUCAAGGCUGAGCAGAGGAAGUUUAUGGAUCAAACAGGCAUCCAGCCUCAAAAUGCAGAGUUGCCCGCCUCGUCGGUGAGUGGCGAUACGUCGAUGAGCCCGACCGCGGGUAUUCUAAAACAAGCAACGAUCAUGGAUGAGGGCAAUCGUCCCAUCUAUCUUGAUAUGCAAGCAACAACCCCAACUGACCCUCGAGUACUCGAUGCUAUGCUCCCUUUCCUCACAGGCCUUUAUGGCAACCCUCAUUCGAGAACCCAUGCGUAUGGCUGGGAGACAGAAAAGGCCGUCGAGGACGCUCGAAGCCACGUAGCCAGCCUUAUCGGAGCCGACCCCAAGGAAAUCAUUUUCACCAGCGGAGCGACUGAAAGUAAUAAUAUGAGCAUUAAGGGUGUGGCUAGAUUUUUCGGCCGGUCCGGAAAGAAGAAGCAUAUCAUCACAACCCAAACCGAGCACAAAUGUGUGUUGGACAGCUGUCGUCAUUUACAGGAUGAAGGGUUCGAGGUUACGUACCUGCCUGUGCAGAACAAUGGCAUUAUCAACAUUGAGGAUCUCAAGGCGGCAAUUCGCCCCGAGACUGCCCUUGUUUCGAUCAUGACCGUUAAUAACGAGAUUGGCGUUAUCCAACCCGUUGAAGAGAUUGGAAAAAUAUGUCGCUCAAAUAAGGUGUUCUUCCACACCGAUGGCGCCCAAGCGGUGGGGAAGAUCCCCAUCGACGUAAACAAAUGGAAUGUCGAUCUCAUGUCCAUCUCCGGCCACAAGAUUUAUGGCCCCAAGGGAGUUGGAGCAUGUUAUGUGCGUCGUCGUCCUCGCGUACGUCUCGACCCUCUUAUUACUGGAGGUGGCCAGGAGAGAGGACUGCGCAGUGGAACUUUGGCUCCUCAUCUCGUGGUCGGCAUGGGAGAAGCCUGUCGCAUCGCCAAAGCGGACAUGAAGUACGAUACCGCACAUGUCACGAGGUUGUCCAAACGACUAUUGAACGGCCUGUUGUCGAUGGAGCACACCUCCCAAAAUGGCGACCCUGAACGCCACUACCCAGGUUGUGUGAACGUUUCUUUCGCCUACAUCGAAGGUGAAUCUCUCCUUAUGGCCCUUAAAGACAUUGCACUAUCCUCGGGCAGUGCCUGUACGUCAGCUUCACUCGAGCCCAGCUACGUGUUGCGUGCCCUGGGCAACAGCGACGAGAAUGCCCACAGCAGUAUCCGGUUUGGAAUUGGCCGAUUCACCACCGAGGCCGAAAUUGACUAUGUUUUGAAGGCCGUGCAAGAUCGUGUGUCCUUUUUGCGAGAACUCAGCCCGUUGUGGGAGCUGGUUCAGGAGGGUAUCGCCUUGGACACGAUCGAGUGGAGCCAGCAUUAA